AGAUGAAGGAAGCAGUAGAACAGGAUGGAAACAGGAUGAGCAGAGAGGUUUGGGUGUGAAGAUUUGUAUUUGUUUUGGGAGGAGGUUUAUAGACUGAAAGACUGUUUUGUUUAAAUUUAACAUUUUCACUUAAACAGCAGAAAAAUCACAUAUAUUGGUGCUUCUCUUCUUUAAGGUAUGGAAGCAUGGGAGAUAACUGCAAUAUUUUUUAUUUCGCUUUCUUUGAUCUUAUUGAUUAUUUUGGGCAAAUGUUGUUGCAUAAGAUGUAGAAAGAAUAAAGAAGAAGAAGGAUUGUGGCAUCCGAUUUCCAGUGAGGAAAUUGAGAUACGUGAUUCAGAGGAAAGUGGAUUUAUUCCAAACAGAGUUUGGAAAAAGAUACAGAAAGAUGAAGUUGAUAUGGUCCUGUUCCCUGACACAGCACACCAUGAGCUUUCUUUGGAUGAUGAUGCAUCACAAAUACGAUUCAAAGGAAAUACACAAGGUCCAGACAGGUGGUACUGUGUCACAGGCAGCGAUUGGUUAAUGAAAGGAAGACACUAUUGGGAGGUGGAGGUGGGAGAAAAGAGCAGUUGGGCACUUGGACUGGCAACGGAAGAAAUCAAAAUGAGUAAAGUUAUACCAGAGAGCCCUGGAAAUGGAUUCUGGAUCAUUCGUCUUUGUGGGGGGAAGCAGUUCGAGGCUGUCUCAAGCACAGUCACAGAACUACAAGAAAAACCACAAGAAAGACCCAAGAAAGUGGGGGUCUACCAGAAAAGUAAUGAGCUGUCUUUCUACAAUGCAGAGUCAAAAAGAGUCAUUUAUACAUUUCAAAUUGAAUACCCUGGACUACUGUAUCCUGUCUUUAGCCCAGGGUCACGUGACAAAGGACCUCUGAUCAUCAAAAAAAAGGAAACAGAGUUUAUGUUUACUUUAAAUUCCAAGGCAAUCCAUCCAAACUCCAUUUGUGAGCUAGAAGGUCAAUACCCAACAGAAGAAGGCUUAUUGCCUUGUGUGAUUGGAAAAGAUAAAUUAACAAGUGGAAAAUCCAACUGGGAAGUAGAUGUUUGUGAGAAGAGCUCAUGGGCCUUGGGAGUUGUUUCACAUACUCACAGCAAGAAGACAUCAAUUCCUGAAAAUCCUGAGGAUGGUUAUUGGAUCAUAAAGAUGUCUGGUGGCAAAUUUCAGGCUGUCUCCAACACAUCUAUUAACAUUUUAAGAAAGCCAAACCAGGUGUUGGUGUAUUUGAAUUUUGAAGAUGCAGAAUUGUCAUUUUAUGACACUGAAAAGAAGCAUCUCAUCUACAGAUUCCAGCUCAGAUCAUCCUUAAAAGUAUACCCCAUUUUUAGUCCUCCAGAUCUGAGGUCAAGGACCAAAUGAUUAUCACUAAGCUUGUUAUUUAGGGUUAUUAUUGCCUAUCUGACAAAUUCAGAAAAUGUUACAAUUGUUUUCAUAUUCAUAUGUUACAGUUGGAAAGGUUUAGGUAACUUGCUGAAGGUAACAUAGUAUGUAAGUCCAAGGCAGGGAUAGAACCAGCAUCAUUGUGACAGUUCAAUAUCCAAACAGCUAAGCCACAAUUCCUACAUUCAUUUAAUUUUAUGUUUUGCUACAUAUCUUACUAUUUUCAUACACUUACACAAACAUUUUAAGACGACUUUAGGAGGAAUUGCAUCAGGGUAGAAGUCAUGUAUAAUUUGAGUUGCAGCAUCAUCCAGGUGAAAAGCAAGGGGUGUGAUGCAUUUAAUUCUUUCAGGGCUGAUGUCGACUUAUGUCAAAAGGAGGAGUUGAUGAUGGUAAUCCACUGUAAACUGUGACAAAAC